AUGGCUACACGUGGGGAGGCAUCGCCGCUCCUGGCGCUGCAUUCAGCCGCAGAGUCCACCCGACAGCCCGAACAGCAAAAAGAGGCCCCCGGUGCUCGUGCCCACUGGCUCUCUCGCGUCACCUUCAGCUGGCUGGGGCCUCUGUUGGACCAGGGCGCUGCGCAACCACUCCAGGCCGAGGAUUUGUGGGCAUUAGAACCAGAAGAUGACACAGCGCGAGUGACCAACACUCUGCGCGACGCUGUGAACCAUGCGGACAACAGUAAUCAAUCUCUGUGGAUCCCGAUCCGUCAGGCCUUCGGCUUCAACAUGUACGUGGCUGGGGCCUGCAAACUGGCUGGCGACUGCUUUGGCUUCGUUGGACCCAUUUGCAUCAAUGCGCUGAUCAAGUACGUGGAGGAUCCAAAAGUAGCCAUGUUCUCGACCUCUCAUUAUGGCUACAUUCUAAGCGGCACGCUGUUCGUCGCCUCAGUGCUACAGACUUUGUGUCUGCAUCAACACCACCACUUAGUGAUACGAGAAGCCAUUCGCGUGCGCUCGGCACUGACGAUGCUUGUGUACGAGAAGUCGUUGAAAAUAUCGUCUCAAACCAAGAGCACUUUGGGUUCAGGUCGAAUCUUGAACAUGGCUACAAUCGACACCAACCGCAUCUUGGAGCUGUUCUACGUUAUCCACUACUCGUGGGCCGCUCCCAUUCAACUGAUCAUCGGCAUGCUGCUUCUAGUACAUUACCUAGGCACUGCAUCCUUCGCUGGUGUGAUAAUUAUGAUUAUCCUCCUACCUACAAGUGCAGGUUUAUCGUCUCAAGCCGCCAAAAUUUCUAAAAAGAUGUUGGAAUGUACCGAUAGGCGUCUCAAAUUCCUGACCGAAUUGUUCCAGCACAUUCGAGUGAUCAAAUUUUACGCCUGGGAGAGCGAAAUGCUUGGCCAAGUGGACGAAAUUCGCACUAAAGAGCUGUAUUAUCUCAAGAAAAUGAUCAUCUGGAACGCCUAUGGGAGAGUGAUUUUACAAGCAGGUCCAGUUCUCGUGUCUUUUGGAACUUUUGCAGCGUAUUCGUACGUUCAGAACGAACCUCUGACGGCUGAUAAGGCGUUCACCGCGAUCACUUUGUUCAGCAUUUUUCGCCUGCCUCUGAUGGUGUUACCGCAAGUUUUCUCGCUCUUGUUCCAAGCGAAUGUAUCCGUCAAGAGACUCGAGUCUUUUUUGUAUCUUGAAGGCCAGCAACGCAGCUCCACGUCUCUCUCUGCUUCGUUUAUUUCCGAUCCUUCGUUUGAGAUUCGCCAUGCAACAUUCAAAUGGUCCAAUGAAGAGGAUAAAACGACGAAAGAAUCCGAUAAAGAUUCGGUUCCUGCUCAGUUAUCCAAUGUUACAGUCUCGAUCCCAAAAGGGAAGUUAACACUGGUGGUUGGAGCGGUUGGAAGCGGUAAAUCGACGCUUUUAGCGACGUUACUGGGCGAGUUACAGCCGGAAUACGGGGUGGUUCGUAUCCCUACGAGAUACGUUUCUUACGCUGCACAGACGCCGUAUCUGAUCAACGCUAGUGUCCAAGAUAACAUUUUAUUCGGCGCUCCAUUGGACACAGCUCGCCUUCACCGCGUUAUUAAGAGUUGCGAACUGGAAAAAGAACUGGUGGGGCUUCCAAAUGGCUUCCAGAGUGAGAUCGGAGAAAAUGGAGUGACACUUAGCGGCGGACAGAAGCAGCGUGUAUCUAUCGCACGCGCUGUGUACUCGAAAGACCAGGAACUUUACGUGUUCGACGAUUCGCUAUCAGCGCUGGACGUGCAUGUGGCUACACGCGUUUUUAAUCAGUGUUUUAACGAGUCAACGGGUGGACUUUUAGCGGGUUGUACGCGUGUUUUAAGUAUCCAUUCGCUUCAGUUCGCUCAUCUAGCAGACUGGAUUAUUGUCAUGGAUAACAUGAAAGUCGCGGAAAUGGGUACAUUCGAGGACCUCACGAGAGUUACGCCCAAUGGGAAGUUUGCAACGAUGUUAAAAUCGUUUCAACGUGCUGAUGAAACAAGUAUUGUUGAGGAUUCUAAUUCUGGUGAUCAAUCUGGAAAUUUGAACACAAUCAGAUCUAAAUCUAGAUCUAGUUCUAGCGUCAGUGAUGUUGCUGCUGGUACUGGUGUUCUGGUUCAGGACGAAGAGAAGGCGGAGGGAAAUCUGUCGUGGAGUGUUUAUUCCUCGUACUUUGUGUCUUGCGGCGUGAUUUCGACAGUCGGAGCAUUUGCGCUGCUUUUCGGAACGCAGAUCUCAUCUGUAUCGACAGAUUUGUGGUUGACCAACUGGACUAGUAACAAACCUACUGGAGUUAACUUGACGUUCUAUCUCUCGAUAUACGCGUAUCUCGGUCUCAGUACCAUCGUGCUGGGCUUUGUGGGAGAUCUGUGCUGUCGAUAUGCUGGACUCAGUGCGUCAAAACAAAUCCACUACAGACUCCUUCGUCACGUUAUCAAGGGGACAAUGCGCUUCUUCGAUACGACUCCUGUCGGUCGAAUUCUCAACCGAUUUUCUAACGACGUGAACACUAUCGAUCAAAAACUGAACACUGCCAUCGUCCAGUUUGUUACCAUGCUUCUCGCACUAGUCAGCAUGUUGGCAAUUCAGAGUUCGACGGCUCCGGUGCUUCUGAUUCUGCUUAUCCCGGUGUUCAUUUGUUACGUGGCGUACCAGAGGUUUUACGGGAAAUCUUGUCGGGAGUUGCAACGCUUGGAUAAUAUCUCCAAGAGCCCCGUGUACGCACAUUUGACGCAGACUUUGAAUGGUCUGGUAACGAUCAGGACGUUUGAAAUGGUGGAGCAGAGUCAACACACACAAGCGAUGAAAAUUAACGAGAACACCAAGGCUUUUCUACUGUUAAACUUGAUAAACCGCUGGCUUGGCGUUCGAUUGGAAUUCCUUGGAGCGGUGAUCACGUUUGCAGUCGCAUUUUUCGUCAGCCGCGACCAUGUGGCGCUCUCCAGUGCGAUGGCCGGAUUGUUACUGAGUUACUCGCAGAACAUGACGUCGUUACUUAACUGGAUCAUUCGUAACAAUAUCGAUAUGGAGAACAUGAUGAAUAGCGUCGAGCGUACCGAUGAAUACUGCCGCGUAAAUACAGAACCAGUGACGCUGCUUAGUCGUCACUACGAACGCUACACUACCCCCAAGUCACGCACGCUGCAGCUGCGACCACACUGGCCUGAACACGGCAAGAUCAACUUUGUUAAUGUCUGUGUACGGUACGACCCGCUCUCCGCACCAGUGUUACACAAUGUUACAUUUACUGUGAAAGGAGGCGAGAAAGUUGGAAUUUGUGGGCGCACUGGAGCAGGUAAAAGCUCGCUCCUUCUUGCACUUUUCCGUAUGGUAUCGUUUGAUAGUGGAGUGGGCGGUGGGAGUAUUUACAUUGAUGAAGUGGCUACUACUGCGCUGACAUUAUCGGAGUUGCGCUCGAGGAUGGCGAUUAUUCCUCAGGACCCAGUGCUCUUUGCUGCGAAUGUCCGCUUUAAUCUUGACCCGACAGGACAAGCUACGGACAACGAAUUGUGGAAUGCGAUCCGGAAAUCUCGAUUGGAGAAUUUUAUUAAAAGUUUACGUGGUGGACUCGACGCUGAGGUUUUAGAAGGAGGGGACAAUUUUAGUGUCGGGGAGCGCCAACUCAUCUGUUUAGCACGAGCUAUUCUGCGGAAUUCCAAGAUUUUAUGUCUGGAUGAAGCAACAGCGUCUAUGGAUCACUCUACAGGUGAGGAUUGUGUUAUUAACUGUUAA